AUGGGCUCUUUUGAGAGUAAACUUCCCGCAGUGGUUAACGCGAGCACCGCGACCACAAAUGGCGACGAUACAUCGUAUAAAGUUCUGGAGCAACCAUAUGGGACAGCUCGACAGAUAAGAAUCGUGACCAUCGGUGCCGGCGCCAGCGGCCUCAACUUGAUCAAGACCCUACGCACGCACAUGACCAACUACGAUCACGUCGUCUACGAAAAGAACCCAGAGGUCGGAGGAACUUGGUAUGAAAAUCGUUACCCUGGAUGCCAAUGCGACCACCCAUCCCACAAUUACCAAUUUUCAUGGAGGCCAAAUCCUAAUUGGACCAAAUUCUCUGCCGAUUCUACUGAGAUCCAAGAAUACCUCUGUCGACUGUGCGACGAGGAGGGCAUGCGACCAGAGAUAAAAUUGUCCCACGAAAUUAUUCGGGCUGAGUGGAACGAAGAUCUUGGAGAGUGGCUUUUGAAGAUUAAAAACACAAUAACCGGAGAGGUGUUCAAUGACCACUGUAACUUCCUUCUUAAUGCUUCGGGCAUUUUAAAUAACUGGAAGUGGCCUGCGAUUACAGGGCUUCAUGACUUCAAGGGCGAAUUGGUCCAUAGUGCCUCUUGGCCCGAGAACUUCGAUUACAAUAACAAGAAGGUUGUAGUUAUUGGGAACGGCUCAUCAGGAGUCCAAAUCGUACCCAAGAUUCAACCCCAUGUUAAAGAGCUUGUUCAUGUUAUUCGCUCGUCCACAUGGAUUGCACCACCACAAACCGAACGAAUGCUGAAAGGAAAUUCCGCCGAAAUUAUUCAAUCCAUAAAGAUGGAUGGCGAUAAAUUCACUACAGAGCAGAAAGAUAGAUUCAAGGCCGAUAAUGAUUAUUACAGAGGUUUUAUUAAGGCAGUUGAGGAACAGGUCAAUGCCAGGUUCAAGGCUCAAGUGGAUGUCAAAACAUUAGGGGAAGCCAGUAGAAAGAUUAUGGUAGCCCACAUGACAAAGGCUUUAGGCGGAAACCAAGAACUUAUGGAUGCCAUGAUUCCUAAAUUUCCAGUCGGUUGCCGCAGGUUGACACCUGGAGUGGGCUACCUAGAGUCGCUUGGAAAGGAGAAUAUUCGGGUUGUCACACAAGGAAUCGCCAAAAUUACAGAGAAAGGUCUUGAGUUAACGUCCGGCGAGGUGGUCGAGGUUGAUGCUAUUAUAUGCGCAACUGGCUUCGACGUCUCUUUCUGCCCGAGAUUCCCUAUUAUUGGCAGGAAAGGCAACCUGCAAGACACAUGGAGGAACGGAAUACCAUCAGCAUACAUGUCGUGUGCGGUCCCUAAUGUGCCCAACUACUUUGUAUUCCUGGGACCGAGCGCCCCAAUUGGCCAUGGCAGUGUCCUCACUAUUUCCGAACAUGUGGCCAAAUAUAUUGUCAGCAUGCUGAAAAAAUGCCAGACAGAGGGCAUCAAAGCCGUUCAGCCAAAGGAAGAUGCUGUUCGCGACUUCACCGAGCACAUCCAAGCCUUCAUGCCACGGACUUCCUGGUCCGGCAACUGUCGGUCGUGGUACAAGAAUGGCACAGCCGAUGGGCCCAUCAUUGCGCUGCAUCCUGGGAGCCGCAUUCACUGGUUCCACAUGCUUGAGAACUUCCGAGGCGAGGACUACGAGUACACGUUGGACUCGAACAACAGAUUCCGUUUCUUAGGAAACGGGUUCUCUGUCAAAGAGGCGGAGGAGAAUCCUACUUGGUACUUAGAUACGCCGAAUAAGUUGUUUUAG